UUAAUAACUAAAAAAAAGCUCUGAUUACUAAUUUUUUUGGAUUACCCUAAAAUAAAUGAGUGAUUUAAGAAAUAUAUAAUUAACUGAUAUGUAAAAGAAGAACAGCUCACUUACAGAGAGCUAAAUGAAGCCUAAAUUAAAAGAACUCAUUUUUGAUAUAGAAAAGAAAAGGAUAGAAAAGGCAAAAUAAUAACACAAGUAAAAGUACUAAAGUGAUUUACUCUAAUACGAAGAAAGGCUAAAAUCGUUUUUCUAAGAAAUAUAUGUAAACCAUAUUCUAAUUGAGUAAUAUCGCUACGAAAUAUACAAAAAUGCAUAAAAAUAAAUAUAAAAUGAAUAAUCAUAUAAUAAUUACAAAGACUUACAUUUAAAAUCCUGCAAAACGCAUAUUUAAAAAAAUGUAUAAGAAUAUUACAACUUUAUGAUUAAUUAAAAUACUUCAGAAAAAAAGGAUAAGCCCAAAAAUAAAACAAUACAUGGAGCUUUUAACACAUUUUGGUUCUAUUUAAUAACUAUAUUGAAAAUAUUCUUUUGGCCGCUCACAUUUAUAUUUUACUAUUGCUUGUAUGGUGAAAGGUUAUUUUAACUAUUAAAGCUAUUGGUCAGAAAUUGUUUUCCUAUCUUUUAUUUCGCAGCUUACCCUAGUUCAUUGAGAAAUUAAUAUUAAAACAAAAAAAAGUAAAACCUGCCAGAUAAUCAAGAAGACUGUACUGAAAAUGAGGAAAAAUUUAUUUUCAGUGACUAAUUGUUUUUUACAAAUGAAAAUUGUAAUUAAAAUUAAUCGUUUCAAAAGCAUACUUUAUACUCAUUUGAUUCAAAAGAUUGCAGUACUUAUCUACUUGUGUUUAUUUUUUGUAAUUUAUGCUUAGCAUCUUUUGUUCUCAAUUUUAUUGGAAUUGUAGAUAUCGCAUACAAUCCUGAUAGCUUAUAUUCAUAGAUUUUUGGUAUAAAUUUUAUUAUUUUAUUUUACCUAUUAAUAAAUUCUUGUGCCAACAUUUUGAUCUGCGUUUAAGGAAAUUAUCUUAAAUUUUUGAGUGAUAAUUAAGAGUUGCAAGAUCUUAUGGAUAAAGAAGACAUUAUUGCAAAUAAUCUAUACUUAAAUUUCAUGUUAGAUCCAAUAGACAUAAAUUUAAACUAAUCCUUUGAAUUUUAUGAGCAAGCAUUUUAUCCAAACAGGAUUUAAUAUGAUGAGUAAGGAAAAAAAAUAAACUAAAAUAUCAUUGAAAUGUAAGAAGAUGUUUAAGAGGAUGUUUAUUGUCUUUAAGAUCAAGAAAUUUUAUUAAAAAAAAAAUGGGUUAGUGGAAUUGGUAUUUUCUCUUAGUAUCUUUUCUAAUCUUCAAGACCUGUAGCAGAUGAGUUACCCCAUGUUUGUAAAGGUUAUGUGAAGUUCUAUUAAAAAAAUUACCACCCUUACAAUUUGAGGAAAAUUUUAAUUAAAUUUUACAACAAUCUUUUUUUCCCUAUAAUUCUCAUUUUAAUUAUGGCUUUGCUAACUUACAAUACAGUUAAGUAACAAAAUUACAUCGUUAAUACAGGCUAAAAAUCAAUAUUGGGUGCUUUCUGGGUAAAUUUGAUCCUGUAUAUAUUAAUUUAAUCCAAUAAUAGAUACUUUAAGAAAGUCUUUUCAAAUAGAUUGCAUGCUUUGGAGCGUCUUGGAUUGAUGAUUUCUUUUGACACAAAAGUGACUUAUUCGCUUACUAUGAAAGAGUUACCAACAAUGGAUAUUUUCUGUACUAAAUCUCUAUAGACAUGGUUAAAUUUAAGAGUUAUUACUAUGAAAUAUAAAAUUUAUUCUUUAAAUGGAUGGAUCACUUUAAUUUUAUUAGAAAUACUACUUUUGGUCAUAGAAUCUCUAUCUUAAUUUGUAGAUUCAAAUGGAAAUAUUUAAUACUAGUUAACGAAAGUAAAUCCCUAUCUCAGAUACUUAUUAAUUGUAGCUUUAUUUUAAAGGAUAACAACAUUUUUAAUCCCUAGCUUGAUUUAAUAGGCCAGGAUUAAUGAUUAAUUCAAUCAGCACAAAUAAUAAUUAAGACAUAAUUUAAAAGAAAUUAAAUGGAUUUACUCAGAUAUUGACUAAAAUUUUGAAAAUAGUGCAUACAAAGAACUAAAAUAGCUUAGCAGAUAAUUUAAUUUAUUCGGAAUUAAGUAAGAGGUAUUUUCUUAUAGCACGAAAAAAGCUUUAAGAAGGAUUGCUUGGUAUGAUUUUGCUCAAGUUGACCCUAUUACAAAAAAAAAAAUAAUCUCUGAAUCUGUAUCAAAUGACGAAUUUAUAAAGAAAGAAAGAUCAUACUUAAAAAAACUGAUAACAAAGUAUGAAUAAGUAAUUGAAUCUAUGGAUUAAAAUUAAUAGAUUCAUUAAAUUUAUGCAUUUGGAAUAACACCUAUUUCUUUCUAAAUUUUAGGUGUCGUUUUAACUUUUGCAUUAACCGGUUUUAUAUAGUGGAUAGUUAGUUUAUUAAAUGAUAAAGCAGCCGAUAGUUGCAACUUACCUUCAAAUUGAAUGAUUCUAAAAUAAAUUAGACAAUCCAUCUUUAAUAACUAUUGAUAUAAAUAUAGUUUUUAAGCACUACUAAAUUUAUAUUGAUUAUAAUUUAAUUUACUUUAAGUUAAACAUGAAG